AGAGCAGGCUAUAACGCACUAGGCGGAUGAAGAGGCGCACUGUGGGGAGAGAGGAAAAAGUUCUCAACAAGGAGAGGCAGGACUUCUCUCGCGGAGCCCUGCAGUCUCACUUUUAUGUCUCCAAAAGACUUUUCCUGCCACCUUUUUGCGUUUUUGCUCCGCAACUCUGCUUUUACUCUUCCGAGGGAGAAAUCCGACUUUUUUACUUAAGCGACAGCGCCAGCAGCACCAUGGAGCUGCUCUGCCUCGAAAUGGACACGAACAUUAGAGCUCGUCCCGACCCGAACCUCCUGUGCGAUGACAGAGUCCUGCAGAGCUUGUUGACUAUAGAGGAGAGGUUUCUACCCCAAUUUUCUUAUUUCAAAUGUGUCCAGAGAGAUAUUCAGCCAUUUAUGAGGAGGAUGGUCGCGACCUGGAUGCUAGAGGUCUGCGAGGAGCAGAAGUGUGAAGAAGAAGUUUUUCCCUUGGCCAUGAACUACUUGGACAGAUUUUUAGCAAUGGUACCCAUCAAAAAGUGUAACCUGCAGCUGCUAGGAGCAGUCUGCAUGUUUCUUGCAUCCAAACUGAAAGAGACUCGUCCACUAACUGCAGAGAAGAUUUGCAUCUACACAGAUAACUCCAUUAGACCACAAGAGCUGCUGGAUUGGGAACUGGUGGUUUUGGGGAAAUUGAAGUGGAACUUGGCAGCAGUAACACCAAACGACUUCAUCGAGCACAUUGUGAGGAGGCUGCCGCUGCCCGAGGAUAAGCUGGCACUUAUACGGAAACACGUCCAGACCUUCAUCGCCCUCUGUGCGACAGAUUUUAGAUUUGCCAUGUACCCCCCCUCCAUGAUCGCCACAGGAAGUGUGGGGGCAGCGAUCUGCGGCCUACAGCUGGAUUCGGCCGACCACUCACAGUGGGGCGACAGCCUGACAGACCUGCUGGCUAAGAUCACCAACACAGAAGUGGAUGUUCUGAAAGAGUGCCAGGAGCAGAUCGAGCGUGUGCUGGAGAGCAGCCUCCGUGAAGGGCGGCAGCAGCAGCAGCAGCAGCAGACUCAGAGGGGCCCCAGUGGGAAAGGCCUGGACGAGCUGGACCAGUCCUCCACCCCGACAGACGUCCGGGAUGUCAACUUGUGAACCAGCAGAGGGCGCCGCUGCACGGGAUUUACAAAAAAUAUAAAAAGCAAAAAAAAGCAUUAUGAAAAAAUAACUUCAGUUUUCUUUAAAAGCAGAAAAAAAGAAGAAAAGAACAAAAAUAUUAAAAACACAAGCCCUUUAAAAGAAAAAGGACCAUGCUUGCUAGAUUUUUGUAGAAUUUUCAAGUAAAAAAAAACACCUGCACAUGUUUCUAUGUAGUCUAAAAGCAACAAGUCUGAUGAAGCGCUGUGCUGCCUUGGAUUCACAGAAGGGAAGCCGAUCAUAUUUGUUCUGCCUUUGAUUGUACAGGAUGAGCUGUUAUUGGUGAAGUUCUGGAAACGGUUAAGAAGCUGCAUACGCAGUGGCGCUCACGUGUUUCUUCCUCUUGGUGUAAAAUGGUGUUAAAGUCACGGCUGGUGCGAAGAGGACGUGCGUUCGAGCUCCUCGGGCGCUCAGCCAGAGGAAGCUGAGAGAGCGGCGUGGUGAACGUUGUGUCCCGUUUCCAGGGAGGAUGAGGAUGAUAAUUAGUAUGUUUAGUGAUUACUAAUAUUAUCAUUGGGCACAUUUUAGAACUGAGUAAUCAAUAAGCUCCUUUAGUCAGGCUGCUUGUGUGCGUCGGUUUGUGAACGCGUGUGUUGCUGAUGACGUUUGUGUGUGACGUGUGGAUGCAGUCCAGUGUGCGGCCUACGGCGACUGGCGCCUGAGCAAAGUUCACUGUGAAAAGACCAGAGAACGACUCGAGGCGACACGUUCACUUGGUCAAUCCUCAGAAAGGGGUACCUGCUAAAUCACUGCCGUUGUUGUUCAUCAUCAGUCACGCUAACGGGACGGGGAGAGGACGAUGUCGCCGAAGGGCUUACCCGUAGAGACCCACAUGUGCCUCAAAGGAUUCUGAGGUAGAAAACUGCCAUCGGUGCAGCGGAAUAUCAUGAAUACUUUCCAUCCAUCUACGUUCUUCCUCUCAUCGUCACGGAGUCGCCAAGAGUCCGAGUGAAGCUGUCGACGUCUCCGUUUGUACACGUGCAAACUUGAGAGAACAGUGAAGGUUUUAAGCCAAACUCCUUCGCAUUUCUAAAGCAAGGAGGAGAGGAGGUGGAGGUGGGAGCAGGAGGAGUCACUGUGGUCGCACUGGGAGGGUUUCAGUGGUGCAGGAUCAUGCUGCUGUGUAGGAGAUGGCUGGAAGGAGAUAGAAAAGUCAUUAAAGCCUCGUUAGAAACUUUGACAUCAGCAUGUUGGGGUGCAAUUAAAUGUUUGUAGUGGAUGUUUAAAGUAAAAUUAUCAGACAAACAAAAUAGUUCCGGGUUUCCGUAGAUCUGGAGACUUGAUGAGGAUCUGAGUCUGCAUGCUAGCAGAUCACGUAAGGAUCAACUUUUAUUAUGGGGGGGGUGGGGUUAGAGGAGGACAUGGUUAGAGGAGGAUAAUUUACUGUCAAUGCAUCUGGAGUCCCAUUUAGGGUUCGUUCCAGCUCCCCAAUUUCAAUGGUAAAGCACUUUGAGGACAUGCUCCCUAGGAGAUGAGUCGAAUAAAAUGUUAGACAGUGAUUGGGUGUCUUUUUCAUUAGCCUUUCCUUUGGUUUGCUCUGUAGGGCUGGUUUCCCAAACAUCAAAUAUUCCCAUAAAAAACGGACAUUCCGAUAACCAUAAACAUAAAAUACAUUCCUGUUCAGGCAAAUUCCAACGAAACGGGCCGUAAAGUCAAAUAAUGCUAACAAGAGUUGGACGAUAUUCAGACGGAGACGUAAUUCCUGGAGUUCAUUUGAUUUUUUUUAGGUUUUUUUACUUGAAUUUUAACUAUUUAUCUGUAUCACAGCCACAGAGAGCCACGCAGGGCAGCGGUGAGCAACAGACGGGGUGGUUGGAGCAUCCAGUAUUUGCACAAGAUGUUUGCAAAGUUCGGACACCACACAGGCUUCAUGCAAAACCACCUUACUUGAUGCGCGGUGCGGUUUUGUUGUUGUUCGGUGCCGGCUUGUGUGAGGACGAUUCAUCCGUCUCCUGUGAGCUUUGCUGCUUUGAAUCAUCUAAAGGGGCUCCUCGGCCAGGCGGACGUCAACACAACGGCGUUGAUGUUGCCGUCGUGUCCGUAGACGUAACCUUCUAGGUGGGGUUUCUGUUGUUUCUGUUGUGAUCGUAUGUGUUUGCUGAGCGUACGUUGAACGGUCUGCAAAGAAAAUGUGGGGAUCUGAUGUUUUUUCAGUGAAACUGAACAAUUCAAAACUGCCAAAACAUCCCCAGCUGUUGUGACCCCGUCGUUUUGCCUGUUUUUACCCGACGUAAGCUCUCUUCCAAACUUUGUUGUGAUUUUUUUUUCCUGCAAUUGAUUGUUGCAUGUGUUUUAUUGACACCACAGAUCUUGUUAGAUUUAUUUUUGGGGUUGCCAGACCCACAAGAAGGGUUUGUAGGAUUUAGAGAAAACUGUAUUCCAAAGUAAAGAGAGGACCGAGGAGGAGGGGGGGGUGGUGUGAAGACAUCAACAAAAAAGUGUCAAUAUUUUAUUGUCUUUUUGCGCUGCUAAAAGCUAUGAAUUUGUUUCAUUUAUACAAAAAAAUAACAUUACCUAGUCGUGAUGUGUCACCUGUGUGCUGCUAUUUUAUAAACAUUUGUAUUAUAAUAAAGUUAUUUUACUGCUUAAGAGAUACAUUCAAAGUAGAUGGUGAUAGAAGAACAUGAAAUAAGUAUUGGACUGGAAAUGUUCCUUGUACAGUGAUAGAUAGCAUGUUUCUUUUUCCCUUUUUUGUUAUCGGUUUUUGCUGAUCUUCUUCUGUCACACUCUGCAUGUGGUAAUUCCCACACCUCAGGAUUACUGGACAACACAUCACAAACCCAAUGCAUAUACCUCUGCAGUACGGGAGCCUGGAAUGGAAGAGAAGGACUCCACUGAGAGUCGGGGGAAGAAAAAACAAUUUCCCGCUGUUUCGGUGGGGCAACAACUUCCUCGUUGAGAUGGAAAACAGGAAAUGUCCAAGGCUUCCAAUUGGACUCAAACCAUGUUGGAGGAAAGGGGGCGGGGGGGGGGGGGCGCAAUUGCAUUGUUCCAUUAAGAUUUUCUGAUUGGUUCUGGUUAGUUCGAGUGUGAGUUUGUGUUCAUGAUGGUGCUACAUCUGCAUUGUGGUGCGCUAGAAGAGGGAAAGCCUUUCUCGUGGUGGCCAAAGUACAGUUUCUGCUUUACACAGUCAGUGCUGUUAAAUAUGGAUUCUGUAUGUGAGAAAGGUCCCAUCCAGUCAUAAAUAUUAUAAUAUCUGGAAGUUUCAGUAGUGCAGAUUUCCCCUGGAGCCCCCCCGCCCACCAUAACUCAUAUCUCAUGUACCUCAAGUGUCUGUUGCACAACUUCUGCUCAAUAAACUUCUGCUUUAAAGGGUGUGACAUCACAUCAGCUCACUA